AUGUUCUUCAGUGACGAUGACUUCAAGCUCAAUCCUUUGUCACUGAACGAUCAGAUGCAUCAUUACGAGGAUAAGGACGAGGAUGAGAUCAAGACAGCUCCUUACGAGGAUGAGAUUGAGGCAGCUCCUCACAAGGAUGAGGUCGAGGUUGAGGCAGCUGCUCCUUACGAAGAUGAGGACAAAGUACCUGGAACUCCUCAGGCUGGAUCCGAAGAUGGUGAGCUUCUGAGCGAUAUGCAAUAUCUCACUAAUGACAAGCAAGAGAUACCUGACGUGAUCAAUUUCUCAGACACAAUGACUAUGCGCCAUGCUUUCCAAUAG